AUGACCGACUACAAGUUUGAAGGCUGGUGUGGCCACGGCCCUGAGUCCGCCGAGGGCAAGAUGAAGUGGGAGGAGUACACGCCCAAGACCUGGACCGAAGACGACGUCGACAUCAAGAUCUCUCACUGCGGAAUCUGCGGGUCUGACCUCCACACCCUCCGCUCAGGCUGGUACCCCACACCCUACCCCUGCGUUGUCGGCCACGAGAUCAUUGGCAAGGCUGUCAGGGUUGGAAAGAAGGUCAAGCACAUCAAAGAGGGCGACCGUGUCGGUGUUGGUGCGCAGGCAGCUUCUUGCCUGAAGCCUGACUGUGCGCAAUGCUCGGAUGGCUUCGAGAACCACUGCGCCAACAUGGCUGCUACCUAUGGCGCCAUGUUUCCCUUCAGCAAGGACAAGUCAUAUGGUGGAUACGCAAACUACAACCGCACACCGAGCCAUUUCGUGUUCAAGAUCCCCGAACAGAUCUCCAGCGAGGCUGCAGCACCCAUCAUGUGCGGUGGUGUCACACUCUACAGCCCUUUGAAGACAUAUAACGCAAAGGGCAAGAACGUCGGUAUCGUCGGUCUGGGAGGUCUGGGCCACUUCGGUGUUCUCUUCGCAAAGGCGCUCGGCGCGAAGAGCGUAACCGUCAUCUCGCGCUCGCACGCAAAGGAGGAGGACGCAAAGAAGCUUGGAGCGGAUAACUUCAUCGCUACCGGCGACGAAGGCUGGGACCAGGGUAAGAACGCCUCUUCUCUGGACCUGAUCGUCUCGACCGUCUCGUCAGACAAGAUGCCCCUGCCCGGCUACCUGAACCUGCUGUCUUUCCGCGGUACUUUUGUCCAGGUCGGCGCACCCGAGGACCCGCUCCCUGCUUUCCAGGCCUUCGCCCUGAUUCAGAAGGCUAUCCACAUCACCGGUUCGGCCAUUGGUUCGCCUUCCGAGAUUAGAGAGAUGUUGGACCUUGUUGCAGAAAAGAACAUCAAGCCCUGGACACAGAUCGUUCCUCUGAAGGAGGCCAACCAGGCGAUCAUCGACUUUGAGGAUGGCAAGCCCAGGUUCAGGUUUGUUCUCAAGAACGAGAACUAUACCGAUUAG